AUGCCUGAACAAAGGCAACGAAGACAGGAGCCAGAGUCAUCAAGCUCUGGCUUCAAGGGCGCCCUGCAAGGCCUGGGAAUCUUCCUUCUUGUACAAUUCGCAAUUAGUCGGUUCUUCAACAACAAGGAAAAUGCAGCAUCCGACGUUACCGUUAGCUCUGCCCCGGGCCAGAUGCCUUCCUUUGAGAAUCGCCCGGACCACAGUGAAGUCGCCAACCCAAGCAUUCUACCGGAUAUCAUCGCUCCUAUUUGGCCGGCCGAUACUGCCCUCGAUAUAAGUAUCUAUGUGACACCUUCUCUUGCUCUGCCCUCCCUCAAGUCCCCCGACAAUGUGCUCGUGCUGGAGGAGAAGAACUUCACCCUCGGAAACUACUCCGAUACCCGUGAGAUCGAUACCACCAUCAAGGUGCCAAAGCAGGUCCAGCAGAACGGUACUCUCUGGGCCCAUUUCUUGGUGGCCCGCACUGGACAUGAACUUGAUCCCGCGGCUAAGGGGUACAGCAGUGACAACGCUGUCCACUUCCAGCGACCCCUAAACCAGUACUUGGCCAAGAAGAAGGUCAAGAAGCUCAAGAACCUCUUGGCUGAUGGGGGCGAGAUUGAAGAAGAAGAAGAAGAAAAUACCCCUAAAGUCUCCAUUUCCUCUUACUACCACCCUAACUUCACCGUCUCCCUGAUUCCCGAUUCUGGCACAACGAAAUUCGGCCAGAUGCAUCCUGCCGUCCGCCAGUAUGUCCAGCUUGAACGCACCAGUGCUCGUGAUAUUAGCGGCAAGAAUGGCUGGUACUAUCCUAUUGUGUUCUUGAAUACAUUCUGGCAGCUGCGUACCCACAUGACGGAGUUGAACUCGACCGUGGAGAGUGUUCCCCUGCGUAUUACUCUUAACAACAUGGCCAACUGGAAGUUCGCCAUCAUUACUAGCGUUGACGAGGGCUCCAAGCAGAGUGCUCGCCAGGCUGCUCAUGGUGGCCCUGUGCCUGGUGGCGGUGAUGGUACUGAGUGGGAGAUGAUCAAGGAAAUUGUGCUCGAUACCAAUAUCUACCUCCUGUGCACCACUGGCGUGGUUACUAUUCUGCACAUGCUCUUUGAGACCCUGGCGUUUAAGAACGAUAUUUCUCACUGGCGCAAGAAGAAGGACGUUGUCGGCACAUCUGUUCGCACCAUCCUGGCCAAUGUCUUCAUGCAGGCUGUCAUCUUCCUUUACCUUAUGGACAACAGUGAUAAUACCUCCUGGAUGAUUCUGGCUAGCCAGGGCUUCGGAAUUCUUUUGGAAGCCUGGAAGGUCACCAAGACAGUCGACGUCCGUCUGCGUCCCCCUCCAGCCGGUUCAUUCUUCUCCUUCCUGCCUUACGUGAUUGUCUUCGAGGAUAAGCACAAGCUCUCCGAGACUGAGCAGAAGACCAAGGAGUAUGACGAGAUUGCUUUCCGUUACCUGUACAUCGUUGCAGUGCCGCUGCUCCUCGCAUAUGCCGGCUACAGUCUUGUCUACAACACCCACAAGUCCUGGUACUCGUACAUCAUUCAGACUCUUGUUGGCAGUGUCUACGCCUACGGAUUCCUGAUGAUGGUCCCGAGCUUGUACAUCAACUACCGACUCAAGUCCGUUGCCCACAUGCCCGGCAAGGCCAUGGCUUACAAGUUCCUCAACACCUUCAUCGACGAUCUUUUCGCUUUUACCGUCAAGAUGCCUUGGUUGCACCGCUUGGCCACCCUUCGUGACGAUGUCAUCUUCUUUAUCUGGCUUUACCAGGGCUGGAAGUACAAGGUUGACUUCAAGCGUGUCAAUGAAUUUGGGCAGGGCGGUGAUAGCGAUGAAGAGGAUGAGCCUGUCCCGGCUAUCGAGUCCGAGAAGAAUGAGGAGGUUGCUAUUCAGACCUCCUCCAAGGUCGACUCCAAGUCGUCCAAGCCUGCCCGCAAGCGUAAAUGA